AUGAACCCUGAGGGCAUUGUUGGACCGUUCCAGGAGAGUGCGUCGCCUGAUUUUCGGGGAGGGCCGCUUUCAUUAGGAAACAAUCCCCGUGGGCAAAUCGCACCGUAUCAAUGACCGAAAUCUGAAGCUUGCUGAAAACCUACACUUUUGUCUUCCGGCCGCUCAUUAGCUCAGCUCAGGGUCGGGCUGGACUGGGACUUUUCCUAAUUUGGCAGUCGAUUACUCCGAAUCAUGCUUUACGUUUUUAGGCUUAAAAGUGUGUUUUCGGGAAAAGUACUUCUUUUUUUAAUUCCAUAACAUUGAUAUCUUUCACAAUUAUCAGUUUUUACAUUUUACUAUUUUUAAUUUUUAAAAAAUCUUGCUUAAUAAUGUAAAAUUAUGUCUUAAAUGUUUGUAAAAAACGUAUUUUAACAGUUUUUUUAGCUAAAUUGUUAUAAAAACUUCGCGCAAAUCAGUUUGUUACCUAAAUUUUAAUCUUUAAUUUCCAGAAACCUGUCAUCCACCACCGUAGCCGACUUCUGCAUUCAUCUGCCUCCAGAAGCGGGAUGUGAUGGUCGAAGGAAUCGGCCGGCUACUUCGAUUCACGCUUCUGUUUUGGGUCGGAUCAGUCGGAGCCGACAUAAUGUGGACAGAUGUGAAUGCUCAACAGGAAUCCUACAUUAA